AUGAAAGACACGGAGACAAUGAAAAAAGAGCUUGAUGAAUUUGAUGAUAGUUACACAGAUAAAGACUACAAUCCUCUAAAAGACAAAGGAUAUUCAUCAGAUGAUGAACCCAUGGACCACUCGUACUCUAGGCCCAUCAGAACACGAGCUCGAGACUAUGCAGACACUAUGCCUGGACCCUCCAGUCGCACUCCUGCUUCAGCCAGCCUGCCUGGAUCCUCCAGUCAUACUCCAGCUACUCCUGAACUUAGUCACACUCCUGUUUUAGAUAUUGAAGAUACUGAGGCCGGUCCUCACAUUCAAGCUGGUCCAGCAGUUGAAGAGGCAGCUGAUCAUGACAGCCCUGCAGAGGUUUCAUACAAUGGAGACAAUGAAGAUACUGAUGCCGGUCCUCACAUUCAAGCUGGUCCAGCAGUUGUAGAGGCAGCCGAUAAUAACAGCCCUGCAGAAAUUUCAGACAAUGGAGGAGAAGUACAAGUAGGCUGUCAGGAAAAACCAUUCAAACCUCGUAAACGGCAGAGACAGUGA